GGCUGACUGUUAAGGAGUACUCCCAGUAAGUUAACAGACAAAUGCGAGCCGAUGCAAACAUUUAAAGCGGAGCGUUUUCCCCGCAAUGUUUCGGACGUUUUUACAUCGUCGCUUUUGUGCCAAGUGCUCCCCGCUACCAUCGCCGCGGUCUCUCUUACUAACGCCGCAGGCGAAAUGUGUUUUUAUUCGGACGCAGACGCGUUUUGUCGGGGGCCAUUUCAAUUUUAAACACCGAUUAAAGUCCAGAACGUGGCUGUAUGGUGUCGGUACGGCCAUUGUUUUAGCAGUAGGUCUGAAAUACAGGUCUGACUCUGCAUACAGUUCAUGUGAUGAUAAAGUUAAAAUAGCACAAAAGACUCAUCCGUACACAGACGCCAUAGAAGUGAGCAGAGACCUCCUGGAGCGGAUAAAGGUAGGCAAAGAGGUAGAGGUCGGAGCUCCUGGACUGAUAGUUGGGGUUGCAGUGGAUGGUGUUCAAGUGUGGUCUGAAGGCAUCGGCUAUGCUGAUUUGGAGAAUCGUGUCCCAUGCACUCCCGAUACGGUGAUGCGGAUCGCCAGCAUCAGUAAGUCUCUCACAACUGCAGCUGCCGCUCGACUGUGCGAAGAAGGGAAACUUGAUCUUGAUGCCCCCGUCCAGAAAUAUGUGCCAGAGUUUCCUCAGAAACAGUUUGAUGGAAAAGAUGUUACAAUAACUUCUCGUAUGAUACUGUCACACCUAAGUGGCAUAAGGCACUAUGAGAAGGAUGCAAAGAAAGUUGAGGAGGACAAGGAGAAAGCCAAGCGACUUCUAAAGCAUCCAGGCACAAGUAAACAGAGAGACGAUGAGAAGAGCUUACCUGACAACAGAGACAAACCCGGAGGAGAUCAAACAUCUAAACGUAAAGAAUCCACUCAGGCUCAGCGGAAAAAGGAGUUUGAGCACGAAGAAUACUACAUAAAAGACAAUUAUGAAAGCGUUACUAAGUCCUUGGACCUUUUUAAGGACGACCCACUCAUUUUCAAACCCGGAACCACUUUCCUCUACUCCACUCACGCUUUCACUCUGCUGAGUGCUGUUUUGGAGCGGGCGGCGAACCAGCGCUUCCUGGAUAUCAUGAAGGACAUGUUUCAGGAGCUGGGAAUGCACAAUACAGUUCCAGAUGAGAAUGACCCCAUUAUAUAUCAUCGCUCCAGAUUUUAUCACCUCAACAAGCGAGGGCGAGUUGUAAACUGCCCGUACGUAAACAUCUCCUACAAAUGGGCCGGAGGCGGCUUCCUCUCCACGGUGGGAGACCUGCUGCUGUUCGGCAACGCUCUGCUCUACGGCUACCAGGUGGCCCACCUGAAGGACACGGAGGGGUUGCUCCCUGGUUUUCUGAAACCCAAGUCAGCCAUAGAGCUGUGGACGCCAGUCGACAAGACGGAAGCCUCCUGGGAUGCCGAUGGUCUGUACGGCCAGGGCUGGCUGGUGGUGGAGAAGCUGCAGAAGUAUGGUCAGUGCAGGAAACGCAGGCAUUACGUGUCCCACACAGGGGGAGCCGUGGGGGCCAGCAGCGUUCUUCUGGUGUUACCCAGUGAUGAGAUGGACCAACGCCAGGGACGGACUCCCUACCUCCCCCAAGGAGUGGUGGUCACCAUUAUCAUGAACAUGCAGUCUGUGGGACUGAACAGCACCGCACUAAAAAUUGCUCAUCAGUUUGACAAAGCCAGAAAUGUUUGAGACCGACUGGAUGAAAUUUUGGCUCCUCUUUUGUGUCGUCUUCUUUUUUUUAAUGCAGCUUUUAAAUCCAGCUGAAAACUGUUGAUCCAUGCCUCAUCUCAUUGGAAAAUAUGUUUUACAAUUCACAAAGCAAAAACUCAAAAAAAAAAAAAAAUGUUGUGGCUUUUAAGGUUGUUUUCUUUAAGCAGACUUCAGUGAAAGUUUUCCAGGCUACACUACAGUGAGAUUCUAAAGGGCUUCUGUAGGUUUUGUCAUUCUUUUCUGGGUUUUUGUUUUCACAAGAUGAUCACAGAGAGCUAAAGUCAUGUUGAUGUCUGGGUCGAAAGAACCCUAACUGACAUUGGCUUUUUUUUUUGUUUUGUUUUGUUGGGGUUUUUUUGUUUGUUUUUUGUUUUUUUCAAUUCAGGCAUACAGAUUACAUUGUCAGCAUUUUUAAAUGAUUUUCAUCCUGAAAAAUGAAGCCAGUUUACUUUCAGUCCAGUUCUUGUGUAAUUUAGAAUUCCUCAGUCUUUUGCUCCCUUGCUUCCUUUCUUAAGAAAGGUUUCACACCCACUGAAAGCAAUGAAGCAGUUCCUGACGGGAGUUUCCGUCGGUGACGUCGGUAGAUGGAAUUGCGCAAGACUCAAACACGUCUCUGGUCCUCUUUCAGAUCAGUGAAGGAUUUUAUUUUUUUCCUGUUUUGAUAUCACAGCUGUCAGAUAUUGUCCAUUCAUGUAGUUUAUUUUAUACCGCUCACAUGUUUAGCAUUUUAUUUUCAGUUUUCUUUUAAACUACUUGAAAUGUUAAUACAUAUGUGCAUAAUGCUCAUAGUUUCAACUUCAAGGAUAUUUCAUGAUGCAUUUGUUUUUUUGUCCAUCUACAAGUAACUGACAGUAAAAUUUUUAAAAUUUA